AAGGAGAAAGACUAGACCAACCCAACUUUAAACUUGACCGAAUAUAUGACUAUGUGCAAUUAGGUGGCAAUGCUUGGGAUAUUACCGUAGCCGAGUCCGAAGUUAUUGAAAUAGUAGAAAACCACGAAGGCCAAGAAAAUACGGGAGGAGAUACAGUCCGACCCGCAAGCACCUCCGUUUAUAUCGAAAAAAUUAGCCGAGUGGAGAAUGAAGAAACGGAAGAAAAAGACUUUUUAGAGCAAGCCAUUAAUGCUCUGCCAUCAGAUGCUCUUAAAAAAUCUUCCAAUUACACGGCUACGAUUGAUAUUCCUAUGGGUUCCUAUACUCAACAAAUAAUCGGCUUUAAUAGUUCAG